CCUCCGGCGUAGUGUGGACGGAAAACAUUCGAUGCGUUUUCAGAGUGAAACUCCGUUUUCAAAUUCAUUCGGGGUAGUGUGGACUGCGUCUUAAGGCCAUGAACAUGCGCAAAAAUAAAGAAACCAAUUUCUCUCAAUCAAAGAGCUAUUACGUAACCCCUCUUAGCCGACCCACAUUAAGGUCAAUAUCGUAGAGCUGUAUUGGAGAAAAAUCGACUUUCAAAACAGUAAGAGCCACCAGGAACAUUUUUGUAACAAACUGUGAAAUUUAGAUGCAAAUGAACCCUGUUGAAGGCUGACCUGUCAUGUGACAUGCACUGACGCGUGAGCAAAAUCACUCUAAAUAUCGCAUCAAGUACAAGCAAGGCUAAACCUUAUUACAAGCAAAUUCUCGUAAAUCUGAACGGCAUCGAUCAGAAUCUAAUCUGGUAAGUUGGGGGAAAACUCUUGAUACUCUCGUUUGUGUACAGUGCCGAAAACAAUACCACUUGCUUUAUGAUCAGUUCAUACUCGUGAACCGAAAUCUUCUGUUGAUCUUUCAAUUAUAUUUUGCUUCGGGCAGUAUGAUGUUUUUUUUGUUGUUGUUGUUGUUGUUGUUGUUUUUUUUGGUUUCUUUGUUGGCAUAUCGGCGUUACACGUCCUGAACCGACUUUGUUCUUUUUUUGACAAACCAUUUUGACUAAACAAAGGCAUCUUGAAGCGAGGGGUGUAUUCAGCGAAAUCCUUCCACACAGAUUAUUAGACAGGUGUAAGAAGACAUCAUUACUUCGAUACAACUCGUUCGUUACGUAACGUUUGUGCAUGAGUUACUCUGUAUAAAGCAGCGUAAAAAAACAGCAGUCACGCAUUGAUGACCUGAGAAAGUCGAAAUAGUGCUGUUGCAUUUUUUGAUUUGCAUGAUAGCAUGUUUCCCUGUUGCUUUUUAAGCCGGCUCGGGCAUUCUACCACAGCGAAGACCAGCCCAAUAAAUUUACAUUCUCUCUUCUCUUUACUGGCUACAGGUAGCACGUUAGGAAAUUUUCUCCAGCAAAGAAGAAACAAGACAAAAAGCUGUACUGCGAGUAGGAAAACACAUCAAUCAUGAAUUACUCCACAAGGGAAACGAUCCUGGCCAUGGAGCUGUCCAGCCGAGGACUCCCGCAAAAGAUAACAGAGUGCAUUUUUAGCGCAGUUUUCAUCCUCACAGCGUUAAUUGGAAAUGUUUUGGUUUGCUUAGCCAUCAAGAAGAACCCCAAGCUACGAACAGUACCCAACUAUUACAUUGCCUCGCUGGCCUUGACAGACAUGCUCAUGUCACUUUUAGGGAUGCCGCUGACUUUUGCCACCUUGAUCGCGGAUGGCUGGAUAUUGGGGGAUGUCCUCUGUCAAUAUCAGGGCUUCAUUGGCACUGUGUUAGGCAUUGCAUCGUUGUUGAUUAUCACGCUAACAGCUGUGAAUCGUUAUUUUAGAAUCGUACGCGUAAGGCAAUACCCAAUCUACUACACAACAAAGAAGGCCAUUUUAAGUAUCAUUUUAGCAUGGUGCCUGGCAUUAAUCGUCCCCGUUCCGUACUUCGCUAUCGGAAACCGCUAUCGAUUUCAUCCUGGAAAGGCGUUCUGCUUUUUCGAUCUUGACAAAAAUCACGUUAUCUACAAUGUGUCGACUAUAGUCUGCUUUGCGGUGCUCCCAUUUGGAGUGACUGCGGUGUGCUAUUACAAGGUUUUCCGCACAGUUAGAAAGCAUAACAUCACACUCGCGCAAACAAGAACAUCCGGAGCAGGGAGGUUUGGUAUCGACGAGGUGCAACUCGCGAAGCUACUUUUCGUGAUACUUCUGAGCUUUGGAGCGUGCUGGACACCGUUUGUUAUCAUUGAUGUCAUCGGAGCUUUCAAAGGACAGUUCUACUUUCCAAGAUACGUUUAUCUUGUUUACACGGUGUCUGUAGAACUCUCCUCUUGCAUCAAUCCAGUUAUAUACGGUGCCAUGAACAAGGAAUUCAGGUCCGAAUUUAGCAAGAUAAUCACAGCUUUUUGUUGUAGAAUUUCACUUCCCAAGAUGACUUCACGAGCUAAAUAUGUCUUUGAUUCACAGCGCAAAUGAACUAAACAGACUUAUCAACAAGAGUAAUGACGUGAUAAAUAACACCAAACUAAAGCUUGAGAGAGAGAGAAGAGUGCCAAGAAAGACUCGCAAUGGACAUUCUCUUGUUAACUGUCAAAAAAGUUAUCAUUUGGAGGGUGGUAUGGUGGAAAUGAUAACUGUCAACCAACGGUCCUAAAUUUUAGAUCGUGUUUUGUCAAAGCGAAAACACGUGACAUCUCGAACACCCAAACUCCAGAUCUGACUCUCCUAAGGCCCCGUCCACAUAAAAUAAAAGUCUUUUUGGAAGCAAUACCUGAGGGCUUACGAAAAGUACCGUCCGGUCGUCUGGGACAAGCAGAUUUUCCUGUGGGGCAAGUAUCGUUUCAUGUCCACUUGCCCGACGGACAGGCGCCCAGAAAAGUGAUUAGCCAAUCAAGUCAUAAAAAAGGGAAACAAAAACAAGCAUGGGCUUGCCCUGGCCAAGCGAAAUUUGAGUUACUUGUCUCAAGGGCAAGCUCGAUUUCAAAUUUUUUUCGACCUCUGCAGUGCCUACUAAUUGUAGAUGACUUUCCCACCGAAAACUUGGCGUCUACUCUCCCUUUUGUGCAUAGCUUUCUUCACCCACGAUAUGAGAAGACACUAGAACCGAAAUUUGCACAUGCACAUUGUGACUCAGUGUUCUCGAUAGCCGCCGUUUUUGCUGUGCACGGUAUUUACAGGAUAAGGUUCCUUUUUCAAAGAUCUCCACUUUAGACCGCGUUUUCAAAUGUACGUCUUUUUCGAUGAAAACGAUGAGUGUUUAGGAUCGUUUAACUUUUAAUGGUGGGCGAAAACGCGUCAGUAUGCGUUUUCAAACGAAAAACCACUUAGAAUGUUUGGGGUCUAAAUCUUUCCCUAAGUUCCAGACCUUUUAAAAACUCAACUGCGUUUUUAAAACUGUAUUUACAUGAAACUGCAGCUACUUGGCAAAACAAUC